CGCACAUCUUAUUGUUAUUCAUAAGAAUUGAGGGUUGUACACUGUUAGGCAAAUCAAGUGACAACCGUCUUCAGGGAAGCCCAGAAGAAACUCCGAAAUGGAAUUUCAAAAGAAGCUUUGCUUCGCGAUUCUCACCUGUAUGAACGUACCCUAUCCGUUGAUCAUUCCAGUGGACGAUGUACAAAAAGUUUACAAAGGCUUUAUAUCAAUUAACAAUGUCGAAUAUGAAAUCAAAGUUCAGCUCGGUGAUGAAGGAACGUUGACAGGCGAGAAAAAGUUUCUAGAGUUACUCGAGCAACAGCAGCAACGAGGAAGCACUAUCCAAGAUGUAAUUACAAAGAAGCUUAGGCAUGCAACAGAUAUAAUGUUGUUUCUCACUGAUUUACAAGAAUUAUUGGAAGCACCCCCUACUUCGGUGACACAACCAUUGCAAUCUCAACAACAACAGCAUUCCUUUCGAUAUGAUCAUGAUCGUUUUGUUUAUAUUUAUAAUGAAUUGCUUAACGUUGGUUAUGAUCAAGUACACGAAAUAUCUGAGGAUAUGACGAAUAUAACCUUCAAAAUCAAUGAUACUCAAGGAAGAGCACACUUUGUAAAGGUUAUUUUACCCCUAACAUAUCCUCUUUCUAAACCCAAAGUGGUUUGUAAUCUGCCUGUUCCUAUUGAGCAUAACCGCACUAUUACAGAAAUAAUACAACAACAUCGUGUUAUCAUCGACAGAUACCAGAAAUUGUUCGAUUGUUUGGAUGAUUUGGACCAACAUAUGCGUAUAUUGGAACCUGAAAACCCUACCAGAAGUGACAAUUGGCGAAGAAUUGCAUUAGGACAUCAUUGUUCAAUGGAGGUUGAUCUCAGCAGCAAUUUAGAGACACCCUUGAGUGUAAAACCAAGGGUACGGUUUCUAGGAAGUAUGAACAGAGUGAAAGAUCUUAAAGCACAAUGGGCGUUGUAUAAAUGGGACAAAGAUAGACCAAUGAGUGAAAACUUGCUAGAAGCGUUUCAGAUGGUAUCCAAUACUGAAAACAACAAUGUUCAUGAGGAUUAUACUAAUAUUGGCGAUAUUGAAUGCGGCAUAUGCUAUUCUUACAAAUUGAACCAAAAGGACACACCUGAUAUUAUCUGUGCUAACGAAUCAUGUAAUCGUGGGUUCCACUAUCAAUGUUUAUACGAGUGGGUCAGAAGUAACCCGUCCACGACGCAAAGUUUUAAUAUAUUAUUUGGGAAAUGCCCUUAUUGCAAUGAACCCAUCCAUGUAAAAUUAAGAUAAAAAAGCACGAUCCGAUGUACGAUUUUAUUCAAUCAUAAG